UUCACAGCAAUGCAGGUACUUUGCUGCUUCAUCACAUCCGUAAAGUAGUUCGUAAAAGACGGACACGACCCUCAGAAAUUAUGUUAAAAAAUUUAACGCUGGAGAAAGCUAUUAACAUUGUUCGACUGAGCGUGGCUCUGACAUUUUGUUGGCCGUUGCGUGCGAGCAAUAGCAAAAUUGUGAUCUUUGGUUACAGAGUAUUGCAAAUUUGUGCAGCUAUUAACAUGUCCUUGUUACUUCUGCCUACAUUAUAUACGGUGUAUUUGCGGUCGGACGUAGAAAUUAUUUCUCACUGUGUUACCCAGGCUAUAUGCGAGGUUCAAUGUAUCGUUCAAACUAUUAUAUGUUUCAGCAAGUACGAUACUCUACAACGUAUAAUAGAGGAGCUGUGGAGUUUCAUCGAGAGGGCUCAACAAUAUGAGAGGGAUAUUCUUCACGAGUAUUUUGCGAGGAUCGACGUGCUUUAUGGCGGUUAUAUCGUAGCUAUGUACAUCAUAGGGUUCGUUGGUUUGAUCGGACCCUUGUUCCUACCAAUUGUUCAUCUAGUAUUCGCUGAGUAUCCGUUUAACGUUAAUAAUCGGACAUUAGUGAGCGCUAUUGUACGUGCGCAUCAGAUCAUCACUUGCCACCAGAUAUGCGCCCAUGAAUGCAUGUGUUUGUUUGGUGCGCUACUAAUUUGGUUCACCACAGCGAGAUUCCAAUGUUUAAUGGUGGAACUGCAGAGCACCGCUGAUAUUCGUAUGCUGGCCCCGUAUAUCGAGAAGCACUUGCGUUUAAAGAGAUACGCGGAAGAAGUGGCUGAUUGUUUUCGUUUCAUGGUUCUGUUCGUCAUAGCAGAGUGUACGUUUGUCAUAGCUAUAUGUGCCUUAGCAAUAGUCAUGAAUACACCACUGAUAGCGAAAAUGCUGUUCGCAGGAAUUACUGCGUCUCUCCUCAUGUAUAUUUACAUGUACGCGUGGCCGGCUGAUCACAUGAAAGAAAUGAGUUUGAAAUUUUCACAAAGUGUAUAUGAUUUACCGUGGUACGAACAUACAGCGAGGAUGCAGAAGAAUCUGCUGAACGUAUUAGUAUACCAAAAGCCAGUUAUUCUUUCCAUCAGUUGUUUACUACCGGAACUUUCUUUGUGUUACUAUUGCUCGUAUUUGUCGAACGCUCUCUCCUUUUGUACCGCUCUGCGUGCCAUAUUAGAAGAGACUACAACAUAGAGUGUUCAAAUAUUAUUGUAAUUAUACGUUACCCAGUAGAUAGUUAUUAUUGCAGAACAAAAUAUAUUAUGAUAACUAUUAAUAGUGUUUAUAAACUAUCUUUGUAUAAAUAGAACAAAUAUAGUGGAGUUUAAUCAAUGCUUCGAUAUAAAUUGGAGUGAUUGAUGAGGAGGUAAGACAAAUUUUUGUAUACUCGGAAAUUUUCGGAACAAACUCGGUGUUAAGUGACAUAAACGUAUGGAAUCUUUUACCUUUGCCUUUAAAAUAACGAGAGUGUAAUAUCUUUUCCGUAAUAUUUCUGCUUUUGAAGUCGAACGAAUUUAUUUUCUAUUUUUUGCUUUUCGAUUCUUCUGAAUCAUCUUUUUGCAUUAUCACUUCUCUAUUUACUUUCGCGCGACUUAAAAAAUAUAUUGAAUUAACCCAUUUUCGUUUUUAGAAAAAUCGUAUGUAAAAUAUGUUAUGUGAAAUGUUUUUUACCUCAAGUAACACAAACCUGUGGUGCGAAUUGAGUUACAGAAUUGAUCGUAUUGACGUGACCAAAUGUAAUCUUUCUGUUCUUCUGAUUACAGUCGGUUUAUUACAAGAUAUUUUCCAAACUCAGAAAUUUUCUACAAUUCUAAUCACGUAUUACAUUAUGGGGCAACGUUAUAAUUUUAUGUAUGGAUUGAAAUGACAAAAUUCAUUUACAUUUAAAAAUUAAAUAUAGUCUUA